AUGUUCGUGAGCGGGUGGGACCAGGCGCUGCAUUACACGUGGCUGCAGGAGUUCCCCAGUACCAAUAGGUGGGUUACACCUGCGCUCUACUACCAAUCGAAGGUAGUGUAUCCUGACUUCUCUGGACCUGCGGAUUUUGUGGACACUAACGUGUGGGAUACGUGGCUACCACACGCAGAGCAGCGGCACAAUCUCUGCUCGCGCAACCACAACCCGCCGAACCUCGAAGCGAAUUGUGGGGCGGCUGGCCCAGUCUCUGUCGACGAAUGCCCAGACUGGUUCAAGAGUCUUUGGAAAGCCAACGUGGAGUGGAUGGACAAUUCGAUGCCUCUCUCCGAGGCCGAGUGGCAGAUCGUCGUGACGCAUUUUCCACCCGAAGGCAACUGGGGCGGCGCAGAGUGGGCCAGGUUGUCCGCACAGCAUGGGAUCGACCUCAUACUGGCGGGCCACCGCCACCGCCAGGAGGUCCACACCUCCUCGCAGAUCGCCCCCACCACGUACGUCGUCUCUGGCGGAGGAGGCGGCAUCACCUCCGAGAACCUGCCGGACGCAGGAGGCGACGACGACGAGUACGGCUUCGUAGACAUCACGCUCUCGCGCUCCGAGAUCAUGCUCGAGCUGAUCUCCCACGGAGGCAUGAUCAGAAGCACCACCUGCAUCACGCCGCGGGACGCGGGCGCAGGCACGCUGAACUGGCUGCAGGAGCCGUCGCUGUGCGAGGGGCGCCCCUCUGGUCCGCAGCGACCCACGCAGACAAGCACGACGCCGGCGCCGCCUACCGGCGGUGACUGGGGCGGCGAUGCAGCCGCGCUGCCGAGCGAUUCCGACCUCGUGUACAGUGAGCCUGGACCUGAGCUUUAUGGACCUGAGCCUUAUCCCCGGCGUCGUCGCCCGCAUGGCCCGCCGCAGACGAGGCCGUCAUCGGUGGAGACGCGGCUGCCCUUCCAGCGCCCUCCCCGUGGGCAUCCACCGCAUCGCAGCCGCCUGGGUACGACGAUUCUGCGGCUUGGGCGGCGUCGCAGCCCGCUGGUGCCGUGGCGGUGCCCGCGCUGCCGACGGCACCAGACCCGCCCGGCCCAGCCGUGGUGCCAGCAGGACCAGUGGGCCGGCUGA